AUGGGUCCUUUCCAUUACGUAACAUGUCAUAUAUCGUUGGGGUUCUCCCAGGAAGUGCCUAAAUUAUUUGCGUUUGCGAAGACACACAAAGAAGGCCAACAAUUUUGCCCAGUAGUUGAUAAAGCUAACGCGCCUACCCGUAAAUUGGAGAAAGCAAUCCACAACAUAAUUGGGUUGCACUUAAAUGGCUCUACGUUCUCCAUCUCAGAUGUGGAAUUAAUCAAUCAAUUAAAACUGAUCACAUCUGAUUGCAUCAUGGUUUUGGAUUUUAAAUCUUUAUAUCCGUCCAUUAAGAUUCCACCAUGUUUUUGCGCACUUAGAGACCUCCUGUUUGUGAGUGUGAAUGACGCAUCCCUACAUCAAAACGUGCUAGAAUUAGCUCACCUGGUUUAUUACGGUUCAGUGUUCCAAUUAAACAGACAAACAUAUAUACAAUUGAGGGGUGUCCCAUUGGGCAGUCCUAUGUCCAGAGACUUGUGCGAGUUGGUGGUGAGACAACUAGAAGCAAGGACCUUACCGGGAUUCAUGAAUGAAAUCAUGCUUUACAGGCAAUAUGUAGAUGAUGUUAUUAUUAAAUGGAAAACUACACCGAACUUAGCACAAUUUGUGGAAGAGAUGAAUGAUAAUCCAUAUGGGCUGUCACUUGGAGUAGAUCAACACAGCAACUCUAAUGUUCAUUUCUUGGACAUUGAUAUUAACAUUGGGACACCCAACAUCCAUACCAAAAUAUAUCGUAAACAAUCUGCAAACCCCACGUACAUCCCGAGUGACUCGUGUGACCCAUUUCAUUAUAAAGUAGCCGGUUUUAGAUCGUUGUUCAGAAGAGCGUACACUCAUUCAUCCACUAGAGAGGUACUAGUUAAAUCACAUUGA